CACUCACAGAACGCUUCAGUUCCCUCUUCCUGUGUUACCGCCCUUGGCUGAGUGAGAAACUGAAGCUCAGAAGACAUCGCAUUCAUUGGGAAGACUGGUGUUAUUUGGAGAUUCCGUAGCUAGUUCCCGUCCGCCUCAGGUCGCCUCUCCCUGGUCUGGAGCAGUAACCCCUGAGAAGAAGCACUGUGGCUGUGGUCUGCUGUUCAGUGUCGCUUAGCAAGCUAUAGCCAGAACCAUGGCGUUGCCGUAUAAGAAGGAUCUGGACAAGUACAAGGAUCUCGACGAAGAUGAAAUCCUUAACAAACUGUCGGCAGAGGAGCUCAAACAGCUGGAGACGGCCCUCGAGGAGAUGGACCCUGAGAAUGCUCUCCUCCCAGCGGGUUUACGUCAGAAGGACCAGACGUCUAAGAAAGCUACUGGACCAUUCGACAGGGAAAGUCUGCUCAAAUACCUGGAGAAGGAAGCCAUGGAGCACAAGGACAGAGAGGAUGUAGUGCCCUUCACUGGGGAGAAGAAAGGUAAAGUGUUUGUUCCUAAGCAGAAACCAAUAGAAACACGCCAGGAGGAAGUCACAACCCUCGAUCCAGAGUUAGAAGAAGCUCUGUCCAGUGCCACAGAGACGGAACUAGGAGAUCUAGCAGCAAUCCUGGGUGUUCACACGCUGGUCACCAGUACCCAGACAUAUGAUGGAACUGGAUCUAAAGAGUCUUACAACAAUGUGAUCAAGGGGGAGAAGAUGAACCCGGUGUUUGAUGAGCCUCCCAAUCCCACCAAUGUAGAAGAAACUCUGCAGAGGAUAAAAAGCAACGACAGCUCCUUAACAGAAGUCAACCUCAACAACAUUAAGAACAUUCCUAUUCCCACGCUGAAGGACUUCGCCAAAGCCAUGGAGAAGAACACGCACGUCAAGAAGUUCAGCCUGGCAGCGACACGGAGUAACGACCCGAUAGCUGUGGCGUUCGGUGAAAUGCUGCGGGAGAACAAGGCGUUGCGAAGUUUGAAUUUGGAGUCCAACUUCAUCACCGGGGCCGGCGUUCAGGCUUUGGUAGAUGCACUCCGAGAUAAUGACACACUCACAGAGAUCAAGAUAGACAACCAGAGGCAGCAGCUGGGCACCACCAUAGAGAUGGAGAUAGCUAAGAUGUUGGAAGAGAACAACAGCAUAGUGAAGUUCGGCUACCACUUCACUCAGCAAGGACCUCGAUCCAGAGCCGCCGCAGCUAUCACCAAGAACAACGACCUGGUCCGCAGGAGGCGAGUGGAAGGCGACCUGUAGGGACGCAGCCCAGCCUGUCUCCCAGCCAAUUGUGUUUUUCAUCUCAUCGUGUGGAAUUAUUUCAGCCAAUGCCCUGAUCUCAUCUCACUGUGUGGAAACUCUAGUCUUGUGCCAAACUGCGGGGCAAGGCACGCUCAAACCAGAACAUACAUCUGAGAAGAAGGGAAAUAACUGGAAUUGCCCUCUCCUAUACACAUGUUCAUACUUAUGUUUAUUGAUAUGUUGUUUUUGAAGGUGUAAAUCUCGUUAGUUUUUAGUCAUUUCAUUUCAGCUGCUCCUUUUUUUUGAGCCUUUAUAUUACCUGUCCGGACUUUUUACUUGCUUUUUUCCCCCCCACCCUUUUAUACAAUGUUAUAAUCAUACAAACUAAUAAUAAACAUUACCAAGUAACAGGAACAGCAGUAACAGCUUUGUAAAAACAGUAACUAACAGUUGAGAAACCCCUGUAUCCUGUGUUCUGAUGGUUUUCUUUUCAGGCUGAAGCUCCAUGUGGGAUUUCUGUAUCGGAUUAGAAGCAGAGUUUAUCUUUGAACGAUCGGGGAAGCUCUCAAGUUGAUGCUUGAAAAGGAUUCAAGGCCAGGAGCAGAUCGGUUAUAGCGUCGCCAUGACGAUUAGCCUAUAAACCUCAUGACUGUACAGAUGUCUGUUUCCAUGUAGAAAGCAGCAGUAGUGACUCUUGGCUCUGACGUCUCUGAGCAAAUUGCUGUUCUUCAUUGCAUGAGCGUGGAACCUUGAGUUGCCUUGUAAAGCCGGCGUGACUGUUGGUCUGGUGUGUGCAAGAAGUUAGUGCUGGUCUCAUACUGUAGUCAUCCUGAAACGUGAUGCUCGACUGAUCAUUCUGCUAAUGACAGUCCUGUACUGUUGUCUUUAAAGUAUAUCCUCAUUUAGUCUCAGUGCAUAUUGUUUUGAUACUGCUUCACCGUUUUAUUCUAACUAAAGUUCUUGUUUUGAUGCAGAUGAUCACUUUAAUCCACUCACAUUAUAAAUUAUAGUUACAUUUCGAUAGUUUAGAUCAGGGGUGUCAAACUGAUUUUAGCUCAGGGGCCACAUUCAGCCUAAUUUGAUCUUAAGUGACCAGUAAAAUCGCAGCGUUAAUGACCUAUAAAUAACCACAACUCCUAAUGUUUCCUUUGUUUUAGUGCAAAAAAAGUACAUACUGAAAAUAUUCACAUUUAAGGAAUUAACUUUGAACAAAACAUUAUGAACAACCUGAAAUUUCUUGAGAAAAAUAAGUUAAAUUUCAACGAUGAUAUGCCUCCGUUUAUCAUUUACACAUUACAACUUCCAGAUCAGAGUGUCUACAAAGGCACAGAACAUUUAGUCACAGCUAUCUGGAACUAAGCAAUCUAGUAUUUUGCAUUAAAAAGGAAAAAACAAGACAAAAUAUUACAAUAAUGACACACAAGCAAUAAAAGCAAGAAACAAAAUGACAAAAAAUGAGACGACACAAAACAAAAAAUGACAAAGUUUAAAAGCGACAAAAAAUGGACAAACGAGACAAAAAAAUGACAAAACGUUGAAACAAAACAAGGAAUAAAGCAAAACACAAAAUGACAAAAAUGAGACAAAAAAACACAGGUUAGACAAAAGGAGGAAACUAUGACAAAAACAUGACAAAAAACAAGAAAAAAUAUUACAAAAUUGAGACACAAAAUGACUCUUUAUAGUCAAAACAACUUGUCCUGCUCUUACAAAUCUACAAAUUGCAGUUAAUGUCUUCUGUAUAAUUUUUACAAAUCUUUACAAAGUCGUCCCAUUGGACCCUCUGCAGGCCUGGUUUUGGCCCACAAGCCACAUGUUUGACACUCCUGGUUUAGACCAGUUUAAAAUGGGGUUAUUCUUUUAAAAGGAGAUGACAUCAACCAGAAUCUAGUCUGAAAAGGCUUCGAUCUGCUCUCACAAACGUCUGCUCAGCACACUCUGUUGCUCAACCAUGCCAAAGACUAACAUGCAGUGCUUCAAGUAUCAAUAUUGGAAAGGAUUCUAGACGUUUUUAGAUCGUGCUACGCCAUUACAUGUAUUUCUUUUCUGUGGGCUGUUCAUUGCAAAAUGUUCAAGUAGUCCAGUGAGAUGCGAGGAAGAGUUGGGAAACGGUUUGUGUGUGCGGUUCGUUUCUUCUCAGGUUGCGGCUGCUUGUGAAAUAUUUCUUUGAACUCCCAAAUGGAAGUCUUAAAAUUAACUUCUCCUCACAGCGAGUCUCUCAACAGUAGCAUGUCAUUUUUUUAUGUAACGUGGUGUGUGUAUGCAUCGAGCUGAACUUUACACUGACCUGCUAGAAAGGGUUAGAACAGGACUAAUUCAGGGGUUACUUGAAACUUCUCUAUACUGUUUAUGUGUAAUAGGAACAAUAUGCUGGCAUGAAGUCAUCACUCGUGAACAUCGUGUUUCUGUUGACCAAAAAUGUUCUUACAUCAGCCUCACAUUCCUUUGGACUUUGGGUUUUUAUAUCUGUGUAUGUUUUCCAUGAUCAUAUCUGCUAGUAUUUCUCCUUGCACCUUUUUUUUUUUGUUUUGUUUUUACAUGACUGUUUUUUCUGGUGGACAGUCGGCUAAAGCGGUGAACGGCUUCUUUGCUUGUUAAUAAUAUUCUGUGAUUCAUAAUAUGUAUAAUAAUUGUAAAAUGCCAUCUCAAAUUCAGCACACACACACACACACUGCUAUGUGUGUACAACGUAAAUCUACACAAGUCACUGCUGACAUGUUUUUGUACCUUAAAUCCAAACCCAGGUGUUAACACGAGGAAUCUGUAUUAUUAUGAUCAAGCCACAGGACUGGUAAAAUGCACUGCUGAAUAUAAGACAUCUUAAACAAUAAAUGUUUUUACGUACUG